UUGCGGGGGAUGCCUCGUGGGGUGCACCUCUCACUUGAAGACGUCGGGGUUACUUGAAGACGUUUGGACACACGGCAGUGUUAUGUUUUGCCACGAAUAGUUUCCAACCACUAUAAUAAUUCGAGGAGAAAACUAUGACAUUAAUUGAAAAGCAACGACAAAUGGGAGAAGAGGAAAUCAUCAAAGAAUUAUGCUCAGCGAAUGGGUUGUCAUACGAGAAAAUAUGCCAAGAUGGAACUGGAAUUUCUUCUUUGGAGGUGUUCUUCUCAGGGUACCCACGAAUGGUGGGUCUCUCCUUCUUCCCUCGCCUCUCCAAACUCAUCAUCAUGGGGCAGAGCGUUACCCAAAUUCAGGGUUUGGAGCACUGUUCUGUGCUCAAAGAACUUUGGGUCGCAGAAUGCCAGCUGAAGGAAAUUUCUGGAUUGCAGAAUUGCCUUCAGUUGCAGCAGUUGUAUCUCUAUGACAACCACAUCAGUGAAAUUGCAAACCUGGAACCUCUUGUAAAUCUUGAGGUUUUGUGGCUCAACAGCAACUGCAUUACGAAGACCAAGGGCCUGGAAACUCUUCAAAAUCUCAAGGAACUAAAUCUAGCAGACAAUGCAAUUGAAAAGAUCGGGCACACACUGGAUCCCAACAGCAACUUGCAGAUCCUCAACCUGUCAGGCAACCAGAUCAGUUCGUUUAAGGAGCUGACCCACCUGGCAUCGCUGGGCCAGCUGAGGGAGCUGGGGCUGCAGGAGCCGCAGUCUGAGCCCAACCCCGUGUGCCUGCUGUGCAACUACGCCACCCACCUGCUCUACCACCUGCCCCAGCUCCAGCGCUUAGACACCCACCACGUCUGCAGCAAGCAGGUCAAAGAUGCCGCAGAGUCCACCGUGCUGAAGAAGAUGAUGUACUACAGCAUGCGCGUGCGUAUGGUGCAGCGGCAGCUGGCUGAGGCCAAGUCCCGACUGCUGGAACAGAGGGCCCGUCGCCUGCAGAGGCCCAGAGACCGGAUACACAUGCUCACCUGCAGCCUCAAGAUGUUGGAGCUGGAGCUGUCUGAACUGCAGGCCAGUGGCAGGAUGGGCCGCUGCAGGGACGGGGCGGCGUCUCCGCUGACGGAGGGCUCCGGAGACCCCGGCGACAACAACGCCGUGGCCGACCCCGACCAGGAGCAGAGGCUGCUGGCCAAAGCAGAUGCGCUCAGGGAGAGGCUGCAACGCUGGAGCCAGAGAAUGGAACAAGCAGAGGUCCAGUACAAGCGAGAGCUGAAGCUGGCCACGGACAGGAAGGAGAUGAUGGAGCACUUCCUGGUGCUGGAGCUGGAGACCGUGGGCAACAUCCGCUUGGAGGAGGGCACCGCGAGUGACACUUGGUUUACGUCCUGCUACGAUCUCCUGCUGUCUCGGUUCUGUGUAUGGGACUACACGAAGUACGGCAUCUCUGGCAUCAAGAUCAAGAGCAUCAUUCGAAUCCAUAACCGUGCCUUGCGUUUGCGCUUCGAAAACAAGCUCCACAGUCUUCUGGCCAGCAAGGACCCCCACUUCUUCUCCCUGAACUACAAGAGAGGGCUGGACUACCUCUUCUAUGUGCCUGAUCCUGAACACACCUCUGACAAAAAUGAAAUUCUGCACAUCUUAGAAAAUGGCUUUGAACCAGCUGAUCACUAUAAGACAGUAGGCAGGGAGAAGGCAGUCCCGCUGUCCAAUAGCCUGAGUGGUGCGGAGCGCCUGCGAAUAAAUUCCAUCCAGAUGAAGAUGGUCAAGAAUGGCCAGGACUUGCACUCGGACCCCUUACCUUACAAGCAUGGCCAGCUCAUCCUCUCGAAGGUGUUUCUUGGUCGUAGUAUGGCACUGAAGGAGGGGCUACCCGUAGACCCCUCCCACUAUCCUAAAGCCCAUUCAGUUCGCAGCAACAACCAGAACCAACAGAACAUAUACAAGACUGCACCUAAAGGAGAAAUGCAGUGCUCACUCAAAGGCCCAUCAUGCUGCGAUUGCCUUCAACGUCAGACUCAGUGGUUUGUGUUUGAUCAUGAGCUUGUGUUGCCGGAGUACCUCAUCCACUUCGAGUACCUCAUUCAGGAUGGGUCUCAGCGGCCAUUGCCAAAUGAUGGCGACCUUGAUCCUGCCAGUGACACAGCGUUGGCCUCUUGCGACCUGGCGCAGGAUGGGGAGGUACUGGCCAUGGAGCCCAUAGUGAAGCCUCGUCCAAAGCUCCUCAGCCUGGAUGAGAAGACCCUCCUGAACGUGGCCAGAGCCAACGUACUCAGCCAGAUCACCGUGCUGAAUCUCCAUGGUAAUCGGCUGAGUAAACUGAAGGAGAUCUCUCGGCUGACGGCUCUUCGUCAUCUGACCAUCAGCUUCAACGAGCUCACUCAGCUGGACGACAUCUCCCACCUGCCCAGCCUGGAGAGUGUGGACGCCAGCUUUAACCACAUCAGCUCCCUGGAGGGCGUGCGGGGCCUGCCCCGCCUCAGGCUCCUGAACCUGGCCUGGAACCAGCUGAGCCGUGCCCGCGAGGACACCAACAUCCUGCGGAAACACGCCCCCGCCCUCCUGCAGCUGGACCUGCGCCACAACCCCUGGAGCAAGUGUGACUCGGUGCGUAUGCUGGUGCUGGGUCGGCUGAGGAGUUUGACUCAUCUGGACGGCGUGCUCAUUACAGAGGAGGAGGCUGCUGCAGCCGUCCAGGUCGCUAUGGGCUCCAGAGUCAACCAGGCCUGCCUUGUGGCCAACUCCCGAACAGACGUUGAGCGGCCUCGUAGCCUCAGUUUGCUCUCAGGAGCCCAGCUUCUUACACACCUGAAGCCCUCCCCAUUUGACUCACACGCUGACCUGCCACCCGGCUGGAUCAGUAAGAUCACUGCUCUGAACCUGGAUGGCCAGGGUCUGACCCGUCUGGCUAACCUGGACAAACUGGUGAACCUGCGUUGGGCCUCCUUCAACGGUAACGAGUUGAGUCGCGUGGAGGGUCUGGAGAACUGCAGCCUCCUGGAGGAGCUCUCCCUGGACAACAACUGCCUCAGCAAGCUGGAGGGUGUGUCCCAGCUCCACCGGCUCUCUCGUCUGAGCGUGAGCGGUAACCAGCUGACAUCGCUGGAUGGCUCCAUCCUCGGCCAGCUCCCCUGCCUCCACUUCCUGUCCGCAGAGAACAACCUGAUCGGCUCGCUGCACGGGAUUCAGCGCGCGCGCUUACUCUUCGAACUGUACUUAGGAAAUAACAUUAUCUCCACCACCAGGGAUAUUUACAACCUCAAGGCCUUGACUAACCUGAUCAUCCUGGACCUGUAUGGGAACCCCCUACUGGAGAAGCUGGAGAACUACCGCAUCUACCUGGUGUUCCACCUGCCCUCUCUCAAGGCCUUGGAUGGCAUAGCUGUGGAGGUGUCAGAGUGUGAUAACGCCAAGGAUACAUUUGGAGGGCGCCUGACCACAGACAUGGUAGCAGAGAAACUUGGUCAUUCCAGCUAUAAAGACAUUACAGAGCUGACAAUGCAAGCUUGUUCCAUCAGGCUGGUGGAUCUAGCUCCUCCCGAUCUGUUCCUGAAUCUUCAGAGCAUUAACCUGGAGCACAACAAUCUCACUUCGUUCAGUGGACUCCUCUUUCUGCCCAAGGUCAAGGCUCUCUGCUUGGACCACAACCACAUAGAGUCCAUCUUACCUCGCCAGAAGAUGACAAUGCAAAUGAGCAAUAGACAAAUGCUUUACCACAAGGUCAGCUCCAGCGGAUACGGCCAGCAGUGCUCCAAUAAAGCCAACAGGGAUUGGGAUCCAGGAGAUAGCGCAGAGCCCCUGAUGUCCAGUCUGGAGGUCCUCCAUCUGAGUCACAACGGCAUCACCAACUUAGCCAAUCUACAACUCUUCAGACUCACCAACCUGAAAGCUCUCUUUUUACAGGGAAAUGACAUCAGUCAGGUGGACGGGCUGGAGGGCUUGCACACCUUGCGGGAGUUGUUUCUGGACCAAAACCGGAUCCGGAUCCUGACUGAGAACUCGUUUGCGUCUCUGGUGUCCCUGCUGGAGCUUCACCUGUCGGAGAACCGGCUGCGCGAGCUGACUCACCUGCACCCACUGCCACAGCUGCGGAGACUCUUCCUUGGCAUGAACAAGUUGGAGGACCUCGCUGAACUGGAGAAGUUGGACAUUCUACCAUCUCUAAUUGAGCUGUCUGUCGCUGGAAACCCAAUGGCACGACGCUCCCUCCAUAGGCCCGUAGUGGUACUGCGUCUCUCCAGACUGCAAGUGUUGGAUGGACUCCUAGUCACAUUAGAGGAACGAACCAGAGCUGAACUACUGAACGCUGAAGCACAGGGUUCUGCUGCGGACAUGACCCUCCCCACCCUCCUGCCGUACAUCUCCCGCGCCUCAGUAAGAUGCAUGGCCACAGGAUCUCUGCUGGGACAGGAUGUCCUCCUGGAAACCCCUCACUCACACACCUGUAAGAAGCAGAAGCCAGGUCGUGGGAGCCAUUCAGAAGCAGCCAUACAGGCCUUAAGAGGAGGGGGGACCCUGCUGCCCAACACACAUAAAAUCCUGCUUACCUACCCUGAAGAGGAAAACAGAUUCCAGAGCCAGAGCGGUGGCUCAAAACCUCCACACAUGUAAACUUGAAGAGGAGGCACAGAAAGAUGUUGCUGUGUCUCUUGUCCAAGCUCUUCAAACAUCUGCAUACAGACAGCAGUGUUAACUUUAUUCCAUGGAGGAAAUAUACAGUAUAUAGUUUUAUUUUUAUGAUAUUUUAUUUGCAUUUUGUCUAAAUCAUUUUUGUAUAUUUUAUUUGCAUGUCAAAAUACUUGUCUGUGUUAAUACUGGGGUCAGAGAGAGGCAUAUUUGUUGAUAAGAAAUCUAUGUAAAUAAUAUGUAUGUAUUAAAAGAAAAAAGAAUC